CGGCGCUCUAGCCCCCGCGCACUGUCUCUAUGUUCCCCCUGCGUCUGGUCUAUUUAUUGUCGCGGGGAAGAAGCGGCCGCCCAGUACCCGGAACAACAAAGCACGAAAGACGGAGCUCGAGCCUCGGGGGCUCCUAGCAACGGGUCGGGGCGGGAGUUCCAUGGAGACUGGGGAGCGCGCCCGCCUCAUCAUCAUCCUUGUCCUCCAGCUUAUCCUCCGCGUCCGACGUAACCGGCAGCAGCGCUGCCGCCGCGUUCUCUGCCGCCGCCCCCUCUUCCCACGAAGUAGCUGAGACUGCUGCUCUGCUCCAGUAAUUCAAGUGACUCAAGGAUGACACGCAUAGAACUGGAAAAUUAUUUGUUUAUGGAUGUGAUCUUCGUGGUGGGAAGCUCAGUUUUUAAACUACCCCAAUGGAUGCAGACAGUGAUGUUGCAUUGGACAUUCUAAUUACAAAUGUAGUCUGUGUUUUUAGAACAAGAUGCCAUUUGAACUUAAGGAAGAUUGCUUUGGAGGGAGCAAAUGUAAUUUAUAAGCGUGAUGUUGGAAAAGUAUUAAUGAAGCUUAGAAAACCUAGAAUCACAGCUACAAUUUGGUCCUCAGGAAAAAUUAUUUGCACUGGAGCAACAAGUGAAGAAGAAGCAAAAUUUGGUGCCAGACGUUUAGCCCGCAGUCUGCAGAAACUAGGUUUUCAGGUAAUAUUUACAGAUUUUAAGGUCGUUAACGUUUUGGCGGUGUGUAAUAUGCCAUUUGAAAUCCGUUUGCCAGAAUUCACAAAGAACAAUAGACCUCAUGCCAGUUAUGAACCUGAACUUCAUCCUGCUGUGUGCUAUCGGAUAAAAUCUCUAAGAGCUACGUUACAGAUUUUUUCAACGGGAAGUAUCACAGUAACAGGGCCCAACGUAAAGGCUGUUGCUACUGCUGUGGAACAGAUUUACCCGUUUGUGUUUGAAAGCAGGAAAGAAAUUUUAUAAUUCAUCGCUUAAUUGGUUAGAAUCCCUAACCGAGCACCUUUUAAAACCUGCUGCACAUUGGACUCAAAACAAAAGGAAAACUGGACCAACAGUAAUUGAGGAAAUAGACUCUUUUAUUCAUUCACGGCUACAGUGUAAGCUCCAGGCCCUUUGGAUUUUAUUUCAGACCUUGCUGUAAUAUAAAAAGGAAGUUUACAAGACAUGACAUUGCUGCUUUUACAAAAGGACAUUCUAUUUAUUUUCGCAGUAAUUCUCAUGUCCCCGAAAGCAGAGCUGUCACAGUGUGCACUACCUUAAAUUGUUCUGUUGUUGUCAUUAGUUUUUUCCAGUUUGAGCUAAUGUGUUUUUUGUGAAUAGUCUUUUACAUUUUUGUAUGCUGAAUAUGGGCACCAAAGAACCUGUAAAAGUUAUCUUUUUCAAUUGAAUGUGCACAAAUAAAAGUUUGGAAAAGAUCUCUCUUCAUAUCCAUUCUGUAACUUUUAUUCCCCAUUUUCUAUUUUAACAAAAAUUGUAUUCACAAUUUUCUUUUUGAUCUAUGCAAGCUUAGACUUUUGCUAAAAGUGUGUUGGCUUCUUUUUGAAGUGUAUUUUGUAAAUAUAUAUGCCACGUGUGUAUAGUAUCUUUUAAUGCUCUGUUACCAAAUAUCAAAUAGGCAAUUUUUUCUUGCAGAUUAGAAAUAAAAAUAUGUGUAUAAAUUCUAGGGAAUGAACCGGAGUAGAACUUUAUAGAUUAAGCAUAAUGUUUUAUGUUGCUAAUUUAAUAUGAUAGAAAAUGUUAAAUAUCUUUUAAAAGUUACAGAAUUGUAGUUUUAAAAAGCAAAACCUCUUACCUAUGAGAUGGAUGUGAGAAAGAAGCUGUGAUGGGUUGUACCUCGUAUGUACUUCUGUGAUUCUGGUAAGACUCAACUCUAGUUGUAGGAAAAUAGUAAUCUGAGGUUGGUGUUCGAGGCUAUACUAAGAGUCUUGUCAGAAGUUGAUACGUUGUGCUGUUUUAACAAGAAGUGCCCACAAGCUGCCUCUGUGCCACAGUAUAAUUAUAAUAUAGUUCAACUUGAACUUGAAAGCCAUUUUGCAAGACAUGUCUUUCCCCUUGCUGUGUCUUAUUUAAUGGAGCUGAGGAGUGACUGCCUAUCCAGUAUUUGGGAUUGCUCCUCUUAAAAUGACAAUAAAUGUGCAUGUGUGAAACAUUGGCUCUCUGGCUCACCCGCGUGAGCCCUGGGAUGGUGGCGUGCGAAUCAGGCUGCAGUUGUGCUCCACCCCUGGGGUGAGGAAUUCGGUAGAACCAACAGUAAUUUCAACUGGAAGUGAGGUUGAGUGGAGAGUGCAGUUAGCUUCUCAGUAGAAACCUACUAGAGACAGUAUUCCAACACAAUCCUCCACGAAAACCUGAAUUUCCAAAACGUUUUGAAAGCUUCAUGAGAAAUGGCCGCGUCCUAACCUGCAUAUUCGAGUCCAUUUUCCUCACCAUCUCAUAAAGUCUCCCAAACCUCACUUACGUCCUGCACUGAACAACACACGUUAUUUUAGAUUUAUUUUUAUCUUCUUUCCUCUCGAUGCCUUUCCCUACUGUGCCUCUCACUCUUAAUGGCAGGGGGAGGGGGGGUGGGGCAAAGGCUAACUUUUUUUUUUUCUUUCUUGUGAAAGACUUGUGAUUUUCAAACUUCUGUGUGCCCUCUCUCUCUCUCUCUCUCUUUUUUUUUUUUUUUUUUUUUUUUUUUUUACAAUGUGUUUAUUUGCUUCACGUUAAGAGCCAAUAGGAUAGGUAGAUCUCAUAAAAUACAGAGGAUACCAUUCCGUGAAGAAGUUACAGGUUCCGGGCAGACUAUUUUAAAAAUUGAGAUUUUCCACUUAGCUUUAAUUAACAGUAAUAAGUGACCUGUUUUGUAACGUUCCCCCAAAAAGAAAUGUAGGGAAGGGGGGGGGGGAACAUGAUUAUAUGGCCAAUGUGCGGAUCCAGAUGUUGUAAUAUUUUCAGCAUUCGAGUGACUUGAAAAGUGGGUAGAUCAGUAGCGCAUCAAAACGCUUUCUCAGAAAAGAGGAAGAAAGACAAUCUAACCAGUUUAGGUUUCAGGGCUGCUGUGUGAGUGUCACCUGGCAAAAUGUCCUGGCUGACCCACUAAACUUAACAAAGCUGGGAAGAAUGAGCGUGUCUGAGGUCUUCUGCUGGCUCUUCACAAGUGCUGUAAAUUUUUUGAUAAAUAAAAACUGUGAAUAUAUACAUACA